AUGUCUUCCCUCUUCGGUUCCUCUGGUGCGACUCCCGACAUGGCUGCUCGAAAGGAGCAAAUGAAGCAAUCCAUCCAACAAGAGCUUGCCAUCGCCAAUGCGCAACAACUGAUCAACAAGAUCAACGAGAACUGUUUUGCCAAAUGUAUCACUAAACCUUCCACCUCGCUCACUUCUUCGCAAGAGACUUGCUUGUCGCAAUGUAUGUCCCUUUACAUGGCCGCUUUCGAUCAAGUAUCUCGAUCGUAUGUCUCUAGAAUAUCGAAAGAACGAGGAGCCGCCCCCGGUAUUGGUCUUUAA